AUGAUGGCAAGAAUUGCUAAUAGUGCAGAAUGGGCCAGCACUGACCUCAUCAACUUGGACAUCUUCCUCGAGGCCGACAUAGAUCAAGAGACUUCAGAAGCUAUGGCAAAAUGGCGCGCUGUGCUUAGACAGCUAGGCAAACUAGCCCGACUACAGUUUCUUAAAUUGAUAGGAUAUAGUUGGGUGGCUAGAAGAAAGCGAACACUGGGCCUGAGGCUCAGAACAGGUCUGGAUGAACUAGUCUACCUGAAGAGCCUGAGAACAUUGCUGUCUGAACAUGGACGCCGGCAGAAGCAAUCGGAAGAAGCAACAUGGACCUGA